AUGGAGCCCUUCCGCCUCACAGCGUCACAAGCGCAAGCCAAAUUCAAAGAUGGCAGCUUGACCGUGGAGGAAUAUGCGAAAUCCCUCCUUGACCGUGUGGCGGCGCGCGACUCUACGGUGAAUGCAUGGGCAUUCCUCAGCCCAGGUCUGGUGUUAGAGCGCGCUCGUGAGCUUGAUACCAUACCAAUCAAACAGAGAGGACCACUGCACGGCGUAGCGAUAGGCGUCAAGGACGUAAUCCUCACCAGAGAUAUGCCAACCCAGUACAACUCUCCCAUCUACGUGGAUGACGCACCCAAGAUCGAUGCCGCUAGCAUUCAAAUACUGAGAGCAAAUGGAGCGCUGAUUUUUGGCAAGACUACUACUACUGAAUUCGCAGCUACAGUAGUAGGUCCCUCACACAAAGGCCCAAAAACCACUAACGCCCAUGAUGCCUCGCGAACACCAGGAGGCUCCUCAUCUGGUUCCGGUGCCGCAGUUGGCGACCUGCAAGUUCCAAUCGGCCUGGGCACCCAGACCGUGGGCAGCACAAUUAGACCAGGUUCAUUCAACGGCAUCUACGCCAUGAAGCCAACGUGGAACUCGAUAUCACGAGAAGGCCAGAAGCUCUAUUCGCUUAUCUUCGAUACAUUGGGGCUGUACUCGCGGAGCGUUGAAGACAUGAAGUUACUUCUUGACGCAUUUCAACUCGUCGACGACGAAAGCGUGGAACCCUUUAGUCUCAAAGGCGCAAAAUUCGCGCUUCUAACACUUCCUACACCCGAGUGGCCUGAGCCCGGUCCAGGAACUGCCGCUGCAUUGAACAAAGGCGCUGAGCUGUUGCGGGCUCGUGGCGCCGAAGUGGAGGAAAUCACGCUGCCAGACGAGUUCAGACCCAUGUACAAGUAUCACCUGCAGGUUCUGUCCGGCGAUGGCCGCGUUGCCUUUCUAGCAGACUAUCAUCAGAACAAGGACAAGAUGCACAAGUCGUUGAUUGAUCAUGUCGAGAACAAAGACAAGCACACACGACAGGAGCAAUUGAAGGCCUUCGAUGAACUGGCAGCUAUGCGACCGAAAAUUGAUGCAUUUGCUUCCAAAUAUGCGGCUAUCAUUGCCCCAAGCGUACUGGACGAGGCGCCUGUUGGGCUUGAGAAUACAGGUAGCGCGGCGUUCUGUGGUCCUUGGACGGCGAUGCAUACCCCUGUUGUCAAUGUACCUGGUUUCAAGGGGGAGAACGGGUUACCUAUCGGUCUAAGUGUUGUUGCUGGGCGGUAUCGCGACCAAUACCUGCUAAGAGUGUGUACCGAGAUUGGGAAGGUAUUCGAAAGCGAAGGUGGAUGGCACAGAUGA